AUGGUCACGUUCAAAUUUUUCUUGCAACGAUGGCUACCACUCCAGUCUUCACCUACUCUUGAAGCACCUAUCAUUGAGAGGCCGACAAUCAUGUCUAGCCACAUCAAGUUCGCAGAGCCGACCUCGAAAAAAGCUAGCAAAGACCGCGCUAGGGGGCACAGCCAGGAAAAGGGGUCGGCACAGAGAGCACCUUCUCCAGGAAAUGAAAUUGUUUACCCGACAGGAUGGAGACUGGUGCUUACCACCACAGGACUCUUGAUUGGAUUUUUUCUCUCCAAUUUGGAUGUCACGAUUGUAAGCUCGGCUCUCACGGGUAUCACUGAUGACCUGGAAGGCUUCGAGAAGAGAAGCUGGAUUAUUACUGGAUAUCUGGCCACCUACACAGGGUCUAUGGCAAUAUGGACGAAAGUCAGCGAUAUAGUUGGCAGGAAGCAAACCACAAUCGCUGCUCUUGUUAUUCUGCUCGCAUUUUCUAUCGGGUGUGGAUUUGCUCAGACAGUUAACCAACUCAUAAUAUUCCGAGCUCUCCAAGGAAUUGGGGGCGCUGGUACAUACGCUUUGACAAUCCUAUGCGUCUACGAGAUAGCUCCUAAAACGAAGCUCCCAAUCUACAGCAGUCUCAUGUCAUUUUGCCUUGUUUUUGCAUCUUUGAUAGGCCCAAUCAUUGGCGGUGCUCUUGCAGAUGACUCGUCCUGGAGGUGGACCUUUUUCGUCAAUGCACCAUUGUGCGUUAUUGCGAUCGUUGUUAUCAUCGUUGCGAUGCCCAAACACUUUGGUCUUGAUCAGCACACUCCUUCAUUUCGAACACGAGCCUCAUAUCGCUCAUUUGCUAAUCUUGAUAUAAUGGGAUCGCUUUUGAUGAUGGCUGGCUCAUUCUUGAUAGUCGCCGUAUUGAACGAAACCAAUCUGGCGUUCUCAUGGUCCUCGAGGGACGCAAUUGCACUCCUUGUGCUCACGGGGGUUUCCUGGAUCGCUUUCUUUGCCUGGGAAUGGUAUAUCUCGGGAAUCCCGGGCAAAGAUCCCAUAUUUCCCAAGCGUUGGCUUUUUGACCGUCCAUGGCUGGGAAUACUUAUUUCUUCGUUUGUCAUCGGAGCACCGUACAACGUCGUCCUAGUGUAUGUUCCACAGCAAGCCCAGCUUCUGUUAGACAAGUCGCCAUUGGACGCCGGUAUUUAUUUGAUUGGGUAUUCCGCUAUUGCGGCAGUUGCUGCGGCUAUUGUCAAUAUUGCCAGCUCCAGAGGACGCAUCCCCUUCAUUUAUACUCUGCUCGUGGGCUGUACAGUCCAUACUGUCGGCGUUGGACUUCUCUCAACCAUUGCCACUUCUAGGGGCUUCCACGCAACAGAUAUUGGUUAUCUAGUCAUUGCUGGAACAGGAAUGGGCCUGACAAUGGGAAUACUGGUGCUAUCGCCACCAUAUAUAGUCGAAGACAGAGACCUGGCAAUUGCCACUGGCACUGUGGUCCAGGUCCGCUUUCUUGGCGGUGCUAUUGGUCUUGCUAUUGCAUCUAAUAUAUUAAAUGGCCGUCUAGCGCAGCGUUUGCAGGGUGUUAUGACGUCGCACGAACUGCACCUAUUCCUUGAGAAUGUGAGAUCGAUAAAACGUCUAUCUCCCAAUCUACAAGAGGAGGUGAAGAAUGUUUUGGCUAGCAGUUUCAAUACGCAGCUGAUUGUUAUGAUCGGAUUUGCGGCUGCUCAGCUACCGGCGACUCUACUACUGCUAAAGGCAGGUCGGCAGAUUGCGGCCAACAAACAGUCGGUCCGCAUCAACAUCGCAAUUAUGGCCGCAAAACUGAUUGAUCGACGUUUCCAUAAUGUUUCAGGAAAACUUCGGGUUUCCGAGCUGUUCUUUGAUGUCCCUGUGGACUACAGCAAGCCCGCUGGGGACACUCUGAGGCUCUUUGCACGAAGUGUCAGUCGCUUGAACAAACCCAUUGAGCCUGCCAAAGAAGAGGGCAAGGAAGCCAAAGAGGGAAAGCUUCCUUGGCUGGUCUACCUGCAAGGUGGCCCUGGCUUUGGAUGUGGUGCCCCGCAGUCUUACCCCUGGGUUGAAUUCAUGCUCAGCAAGGGUUAUCAAGUGCUCUUUCUGGAUCAACGAGGCACUGGCCUCAGCUCGACUCUCACAGCCGGAACCCUUGCCCGUCAGGGAGAUGCAAUCAAGCAGGCCGAGUAUCUCAAGAACUUCCGUGCAGACAGCAUUGUCCGUGACUGCGAAGCCAUUCGUGAUGUUUUGACACAGGACUAUCCGCCUGACCAGCGCCGGUGGAGUAUCCUUGGGCAAAGUUUCGGUGGCUUCUGUGCCGUGACUUAUCUGUCAAAGUUCCCGGAGGGCCUGAGAGAGGCUUUUCUUACUGGUGGCCUUCCCCCUCUUACUAACGGGCCGGAUCUUGUCUAUGCGAAGACCUAUGGGAAGGUCAAGGAGAGAAACAAGGCUUACUACCAGAAGUUCCCCGAGGAUGUGGACCGUGUUAAGAAUAUUAUGCAAUACCUGACCCAAAACAAGGUUGCAUUGCCAUCUGGAUUGCUCACUCCGGCUCGCUUCCAGCAACUGGGCAUUAUGUUCGGCUUCCACGGUGGUUUCGAUAGUCUGCACGACAUUGUUGUCAGAGUUUCUAACGAUUUGGAGAUGUUCGGAUUCCUUACUCUACCUACUCUUUCCGUGAUUGACAGUAAUGGCGGUAUGGACAAAAACAUCAUUUAUGCCAUUUUGCAUGAAUCAAUCUAUUGCCAAGGAAAGCCGUCGCUCUGGGCUGCAGACAGGUUGCGCGCUAGCAACCCGCAGUUCCAGAUCAAUGAUUCGCUGCCUGAGAUCUACUUCACCGGCGAGAUGGUCUUCAAGGAUAUGUUCGAUUCCUACUCGGAGCUUUCAGAGCUCAAGGAGGCGGCUGAAAUUCUGGCUACGACAGACGAAUGGCCGGCCCUGUACGACGAGGCUCAACUGGCUAAGAACAAGGUGCCGGUAUAUGCUGCAACCUACAUCGAUGAUAUGUAUGUUCACUAUGAUCUGGCCACGGCCACUGCUGCCAAGAUCAAGAACUCCAAGCAGUUUAUCACAAACACCAUGUACCACGAUGCGCUGCGCAGCAAGUCGGGCGAGGUCAUGCGUCAGCUCUUUAACCUGAGAGAGGACUCACUCGAUUAGGCCACAUGUGCAGUCUUUCGUUUCGUACAUAUUACGGAUAUUCUAGCAACAUGAUGAACUCAGAACA